UCUCGCUGCUUGGGUAUGCCGACAGUUUUUACUUCUUUAAUUACCGCCUUGACUGCGUUUUCCAUGAAAACCUUCUAAGUCUUACAUCCAAAAAGAAGUUUAUUGUCCACAAAAUGAAUGAACGUUAUAAAAAAGACGAGUUAGCAUUGUGUAAUUUAUUACAAAAGCAAGAUGGAAAGUUUCGUCGCAUAGCACCUCUCGAGGACGGUGAGAGUUUAUGUGAAUACUGUUUCCAAAGGAAAGAGAAGCCUGUUCUUACAGUUCCAAAAAGAAAAAGGAAGAGGAGGACCAACUUAGAAUUGACAAAAGAUGUUUGCUGUUCUAACUGCCACCGGAAGUAUGCUACAUUUCAUUCUUGUCUGCAGCACUUUAAAAUCAAACACCCAAACCUUUCUCCAGAAAUGCUUGAAAAUUUCCAUGACAAAAGCAAUGAUAAAGUAAUGGAUGUUCCAAUAGAUAAUGUAAAAUUUGAACAAACACAACAAUUAUCUUCAAAUGAAUAUAAAGUAAAGCUGUCCCCUACUGGUGCUGCCUUUGCUACAUCUAGUGUUGUGGCACCUCAACUCUUGAGCACUCCUAAAUGUGCUAAUAACCAAAGGCCAGCGUCCUGCUUUCCUUUAAAACCUGCAUCGAUACCUUCAGAGUGUGGUAAUAACUGUGGUCACCAAUGUAUAAUAAAGGAGGGUGCUACACCUGGAAUGAUUAGAAAUGUUACGUCGUUCGUCUCUUAUGGUCCUAUUCAUCCAAGCUUCAGAGGGUGGGCUUAUGAUUUCCCACAUCCAAAUUAUAGAGGACAAACUAUCCGCGUAAUAAUUCAGCCUUAUCAGCCUACGCAGCUCAUUAACCAAGAAAUGCCUUGUUUUGUCCGCAAUGUUAACGUUUGCCCUUACUUCCCGCGCUUGGACGAAAGGCUAAACUCCAAGGUUACGACCGAAAAUUCGUCUCAUCUUAACUCAAAUAAUUAACGUUUUAAAAGAUAAAAAACAUACAAGAAGCCUAACAAACUUAUAAUAAACA